AAAAGUUAUACACAAACAUGGUGGAUCAGCUGUUUUCAGUUUUCUCCGGUAUUUUGUUUUUAUAAAACGAAGCUUUGUUAUGGUGUCGUAGCCAUGUGUGAAUUAAAAUGGGUUCAAUCGCGUCUGUGCUGCAAUGGCAUUGUGAAUCCUGCGGCCAAAUCAACCCGACAGAGAGUGUAAAGUGUCUAAAAUGUGGAACCAAGCGAAUAUCGAGUCAUGACAUUGGGAAGUCUCCCAAAAGAUACAGCGGCCAGGAUUCUUCACCAGAAAACCCUCAUCGUGCAGACAACAGCGAAGGAACUACCCCAGGGUCCGAAGCAGUGUCCAUUCCUGCCACAAGCGCCUUCAAUAGUGGCUGGUCGUCAGUGGGCUCGGCGCCGGGCGCGACGCGCGCGUGGCGCUGCGGCUGCGGGCUGCGCAACGUGUCGGCCGCGUGGCGCUGCGCCGCGUGCGACGCGCUCGCCCCGCACGCGCCCGUGUUCAGAUUCUCUGAUGAUGAUGAUGAUCAAGCUUCAGGGAUGACAGACAAGGACAAAACUGCCCAAGACCACACUAUGAUAAGAUCCAACACACUGGCCGUCCCGUCGUACAAGCCGUCUGCAAGCUACUCCGGCGGUCGCCGUCUGAACCUCGACCUUCAAUCCCUGCGUUUAUCUCCGACCCAGCUUACAGACCAGGCUCACGGAGUCACUCGCUCGUUGUCCCACGGCUCUGUCAUCAACUCACAGCACAAAUGGUGGACUGUAGAUGAGACAAAAGGCACCAUUAACAGACCUACAAGUCUUAUGGUAACUGAAAGACACGGGUUGUACAACACUGCCAGAUAUAGCAACACUAAUAGGGAGUCGUUUUUAAGGAGCCUACAUACGGUGACGCGAAGACCGAAGAAGUCGAAUACGGAAAGCAAAUCCAAUUGGGAAUUGAAUUACGUGAAGGAAUACCAAAAGGAGCAAAGCAGGGGGCUUUAUUUGAAGAAGUGGGCGUGUAAUAAGUGUACAUUGGAGAAUUCCGGAAUAAGGACCCAUUGUGAGGCUUGCCUGUCCCCCCGAAUCACGCCUUCUCCUUUAUCCAGAAUCUCGAAUACCAGAGGCUUAAGUGUGACAACUUUGGGUCGCCAUGAGUCGAUGAAUAGAAGCGAUGGUGCCGCAUCCCUACCUACUACUGGUGGGGUUAUGAUCACAGUCCCAGACUGGCCUCAAACUGGUAGCACAACUUUAGGUGGUUCGUUUAGAAGGUCAAUAAGCGCUCAGAAUUCCCCUGAAAUCAGACCGGCGUAUCGCAGGUCGUUUUCGGAGCAACACAACGCUGAUUCCCGACCUAUUGGCAAGGUUAUAUCCAGUAGACGCAGUCUGAACGAUUACCAAAAGUCUUUGGCAAGCUAUUGCGGGAGUUUAGGCAAGAAGGGAGAAGCAGAAAAGAAGGACAGAGCAGAAAAGAGGAUAGACGAAAGCAACGUAGACUUAGAGUGCAGUUGGGACACAAACGCAGAAGGUGUCAUCUACGCUUUGCCCAAUAAAGGGAAAUACAAAGAUCUGAACUUGCAGUUGCAAGUCAACAACAACGGGACCCGAUACUCCUACGUGUCAGUACAAGAUACGAAAACAGUCAUGAGUAAUUCACACAACGAGGCGUUAUACAGCAAUGAUAUAAACGACGGUGACUACGCAAGGAUAGACGAGUUGCUUGGUGCAGAGAACUGUAUAUCGCCGGUGAAUAAUGUGGACGCGGCGAGUAAUCUAAGGACUUCUCAUAUAGGGGUGUCAGUGCCGGGCAGGGAGAAAGUGUUCAGUGGGGCGCCCUCUGGCGGGAAGCUGCCUAACGCCGGCAGGGAUCCGACUAAAGUGCCUUCUACGCAGUCGCAAGCGUCCCGCGAGGGCCGCAUGUGGCAGUGCAGCGAGUGUUGGUUCGCGUACAACGCGUGCUACGCGCGCGCGUGCGACGUGUGCCGCGCGGGCCGCGCGCCGCACGCGCCUGUGACUGUGGCGUCUAGGGACCAUACUGAUGCACCGGGCCCAGCCACCUCCGAAGCGGGCAGCAGCAAGCCAGAGUGCAACCGCAAUGAACCGCCCAAGAGGCUCCCCGUGCCGAUAGCGUCGCUGGACCACGACCUCAAUAGCGACGAACUGCUGUUUGCUGUCGAGUCGACUCCAGCGGCGGCGGCGGCGGCGGAGGCGGGCUGGUCGUGCCCGCGCUGCACGCUGGUCAACGAGCCCGCGGCCGGCGCCUGCGCAGCGUGUGCCGGCUCCCGCCAUGCGCAGCCUGCCUUCUGGUCGUGCAGUUCGUGCACGCUACGGAACCCCCAGUCGGCGAGCUUGUGCCUCGCGUGCAAGACGCCGCCGGUGCCCAAACACGGCAUCACUAAUAGUGACACUGGUAAUACUGCCUCGGGCCGCAGUCCGUCGCCCAGGCGGACCGCGCGCCACACGCCGGCGCUGCCGCGACGCGGGUCCCGGCACAAAACACCGCCCGCUGAGGCCAAGCCCGAAACAGAAUGGUCUUGCUCCGAAUGCACCUACACCAACGCUGCCACAGCGGCCGCGUGUGAGAUGUGCCAGUCGCCCCGUGCUAGGCUGCUGCCUCCAGCCAGGGACCUUCCGGACCUGGACAUGGACGAGUCGCCGGAAGGCUCCGACGGCGAGCGUCAAGACAGCAUGCCGAUGGAGAUACUGAGGAUACGCGAGGAGAGCCACGCGUGGACGCAGUGGCAGGAGGUGCUGGCGCAGUGUGCCGCGACGGGCGAGCCGUACGUCGACAGUUCGUUCCCCGCGUCCCCCCGCUCGCUGUACUACGGCGGCGGCGGUGGCGAUACGCCCGCCACGCGCUGGCUGCGGCCCAAGCACAUCCACGUGGACACCGACCCCCGGACGCCGUGGCUCGUGUUCCGCGACCCGAGACCCUCCGACAUAUCGCAAGGCGUCCUAGGCAACUGCUGGCUACUCUCAGCUUUAGCAGUCCUAGCCGAGCGGUCAUCCCUAGUCAGAGGGGUGCUGGUGAGGGGAGAACCAAAUAUAGGCGCGUACCAACUGCGUCUGUGCAAAGACGGCCGCUGGGCCACCGUUACGGUCGAUGACCUCCUACCGGCCAAUAAGAACAGGCAUCUUGUGUACUCACAGGCAAAAAGAAAACAGCUGUGGGUCCCGCUAAUAGAAAAGGCAGUGGCGAAACUUCAUGGAUGUUACGAAGCGUUGGUGUCAGGAAGAGCGAUUGAAGGUCUAUGCACGCUAACGGGCGCGCCCUGCGAGUCAGUGUCCCUGCAAGCGGGCGGCGGCGGCGGCGGGCCCGGCUCGGCGCCGCUGGAGCAGAUAGACAAGGACCUGGUGUGGGCGCAGCUGCUGUCGUCCAGGCAGGCCUGCUUCCUGAUGGGCGCCAGCUGCGGCGGCGGGAACAUGAAGGUAGACGAAGACGAAUACCAGCGCCUCGGCCUGCGCCCGCGGCACGCCUACUCCGUCUUGGACGUGGUAGAAGUGGAGGGGCCGCGGCGGCUGCUGCGCCUGCGCAACCCGUGGGGGCACUACACGUGGCGCGGCGCCUGGGCGCACGGCUGCCCGCGCUGGACGGACGCGCUCAGGCGCGCCGUGCAGGAGCAGACGAGCGCGCCCGCCGCGGACACCGACCACGGCGUGUUCUGGAUCAGCUUCGAGGACGUGCUCAAAUACUUCGACUGCAUAGACAUCUGCAAGGUGCGAGUGGGAUGGCACGAGGUCCGUCUCGCCGGUAUACUGCCGCCCAUGUCUUCGACGAGACACCUGACAUGUCUACUACUGACGGCCACGCAGCCCACUGAGGUGGACUUUACGCUGUUUCAGGAGGGGCAGAGAAACUCAGCAAAAAGCCAGCGUUCUCAAUUGGACCUGUGCGUGGCGGUGUUCCGCGCCAAGUCGGGCGCGGCCGCGCAGGUCGGCAAGCUGGUCGCGCAUAGCAAACGACAGGUCCGAGGCUUUGUCGGCUGCCACAAGAUGCUAGAAAAGGGCUUCUACCUGGUCGUGUGCCUAGCCUUCAACCACUGGCACACGGGUCUAGAACUAGGCGAUUCAUCCGCCUGGCCUAGACACGUUUUAGCGGCUCACUCGUCUAAACCCCUGGUAGUGGAACGGCCGUCUCUGCAUCCUCAUAUCCUGGCUGAUGCAAUCAUUGGCUUGACGCUGGCUAGGGGACAGAGGCAUGAGGGCCGGCAAGGCAUGACUGCGUAUUAUUUGACGAAGGGCUGGGCGGGCCUGGUGGUGAUGGUUGAGAAUCGGCACAACGAUAAAUGGAUCCACGUGAAGUGCGACUGCCAGGAGAGCUACAACGUGGUGUCCACGCGCGGCGAGCUGAAGACCGUCGACUCUGUACCUCCGCUACACAGACAAGUAAUAAUAGUCCUCACGCAACUCGAAGGCAGCGGCGGCUUCUCCAUAGCGCACCGGCUGACGCACCGGCUGGCUCACGGCGCCCGGCUGCAGGACUGGGCGCCGCCCUGCGAGCUGGAGCCGCGCCACCGCCCGCCCCUCGCGCGCCGCGUGCUGGGGCUGCACGCGCCCAGAGUCAUCACCUAGCUACCUCAAGGAAGGUUUUAACCGGUGUUUAAGAGAGUAAUCGUGAUGUGUCUAUGGUGACCUCUUUGCGAAGUGACAGUAAAAUAGCCGCUAACAAGCAAAAUCGUAUCUUUAUUAUUUUUAACAUAGCUAACCCGCAAAUAAAUACUUCAAUUCGACAGAUGCGUACGUUUUUGACAGCGCUAAUCACAGCACAUAGCAUGGUGUUUAAAGUUGUAUUCGACAGAUGCGUGCUAGGUUUUUGACAGCGCUAAUAGUUAAACUUUUGCGUCCCGAAGUCGCGAUUUGCGAUAUAUAGAUUUAGUUUGUGUCUGAUUUCAAGUGACUCAAGCGGUAAUAAUUCCCUGCGAGCUGGGGCUGCACGCGCCCAGAGUCAUCACCUAGCCGCCUGCUGCGGAGCAUACGAGCGGUGCCGUGUGUGGACGGUAA